CGCAGUCGCAGUCGGAUGCGUCUCGUUUUCGCGUGUUCCGUUUUAUUUUUCGAUAGCAUAUAUAAUCCCGAUAAUGCGAAAGACUCUCGACUUGCUCGUUUUCUUUUACUAUUUAUCGAAUCACUCAUCGAUGCGAUUGAUUGGGAUCGUGUAUUUGUUGUCAUUUUAUGGUCGUCUUGAUGUGGCUACUGUGAAUGUAACUCUCGAGUCAAGUACGUUUAUGAAGAGAAUAUGGACUAACCAGAAUGGAUCGAACAACACUGAAUUCAAUCCUAAUGUCAAUCUCAACACGCUGGAGAUGAUAAAAAGGGCGGGUUAUCCCGCAGAGGUUCAUAUCAUAAUGACAGAAGACGGCUAUCUGUUAAAGUUACAUCGUAUUCCAGGUGGCAACAACUCUUUACCUGUACUAUUGCAACAUAGUUUUCUAGCCAGCUCUGCCAAUUGGGUUAUUCUUGGCAAAGGCAAAGCACUAGCUUACCUAUUAGCGGAUGAGGGAUAUGAUGUUUGGUUGGGCAAUUUUCGUGGUAAUACCUACUCUAAGGAGCAUAUUUUCCUAUCACCAUCGAAUUUGACAUUUUGGGAUUUUAGCUUCAACGAAGUGGGCAUUUAUGAUUUACCCGCGAUGAUUACAUUUAUUACAAAUAUGAGAUCGCAAUCACUGCAUACCUACAUUGGUCAUUCAAUGGGCGUAACUAGUUUUUACAUAAUGGCAUCAGAGCGUCCGGAAAUUGCUCGAAUGGUGCAAAGAAUGAUCAGUCUUUCGCCAGCAAUCUUCAUGAACCAAAAAAGAAAUCCACUACGAUAUUUCGUCCCCAUUCAGAGACAGCUUAAGAUAAUGAUGCAAGUCUUCUUUUACGGCGAAUUUCUACAGAGCGAUUUUUUGCGAUUUCUUGCGAAAAACAUCUGUCAUCAGAACCUCGCUCAACAAGAGUUCUGCGCCAAAGUGAUAUCUCUUAUGUUCCUUUACGACUACAAGCAGAUUAAUUAUUCUCUGCUUCCCGUCAUUUUGGAUCAUUAUCCCGCCGGUUUCUCAGCUAAGACGGUGAUCCAUUACGCUCAAGGAAUCCAAUCGGGCAAGUUUCGCCAAUAUGAUUACGGUCGAGCAAAAAAUUUAUUGAUCUAUAAUUCAGUAGAUCCGCCAGACUACGCUCUAGCAAAUAUCACGGUACCAAUCGCGUUAUUUUAUUCCGAUAAUGAUUGGUUUGUCAGCUCAGAGCCAGAGAUGAUUAAAAGAGAAGGUUAUCCGGCGGAAACUCAUGUUAUAAUGACGAAAGAUGGCUAUCUUUUAACAUUACAUCGUAUCCCAGGUGGCAGCAACUCUCUACCCGUGCUAUUGCAGCACGGUCUUCUAGGCAGCUCCUCCAAUUGGAUUACUCUUGGCAAAGGCAAAGCACUAGCUUAUCUAUUAGCGGAUAAAGGAUACGAUGUUUGGUUGGGCAAUUUUCGUGGUAAUACCUACUCUAAGGCGCAUAUUUCCCUAUCACCAUCGAAUUCGACAUUUUGGCAUUUUAGUUUUAAUGAAAUGGGCAUCUACGAUUUACCCGCGAUGAUUAUAUUUAUUACAAAUAUGAGAUCGCAAUCAUUGCAUACCUACAUUGGUCAUUCCACGGGCGCAACUAGUUUUUACGUAAUGGCAUCAGAACGUCCGGAAAUCGCUUCAAUGGUGCAAAGAAUGAUUAGUCUUGCCCCAGCGCCCUUCAUGACGCAUGAAAAAAAUUUUAUACGAUACUUCAUCCCCUUUCAGAGGGAGUUUCAGGAAAUGAUGCAAUUUUUCUUUUACGGCGAAUUUUUCCAGAGCGAUUUACUUAGAACUUUUAUUAAAUAUUUCUGCGAGCAGAUCCUCGCCCGACAGGAAUUCUGCGCUAACGUGAUAUUUCUGAUAUUCGGUUACGAUUAUGAGCAAUUUAAUUACACUCUGCUUCCAAUUAUUUUGAAUCACAAUCCCGCCGGUGCCUCAGCUAAAACUGUGAUCCAUUACACUCAGGGAAUCCAAUCGGGCAAGUUUCGCCAAUAUGAUUACGGUCGAGCGAAAAAUUUAUUGAUCUACAAUUCAGUGGAACCGCCAGACUACGAUCUAGCGAAUAUUACGGUGCCAAUCGCGUUAUUCUACGCCAAUAAUGACUGGAUAAUCAGCACGAAGGAUAUGGAGAGAUUGUACCAUUUACUACCCAACGUAGUGGAUAUGUACAAAGUUCCGUGGUCCAAUUUUAAUCACGUGGAUUUUUUAUGGGCCAAGGAUGCGCUAAAACUCGUAUACGAAAGAGUUCUCAAAGUCAUGAGAAAAGAUAAUCCAAGUAAUUUACAUCGAUAGAAUAAUAUUUCGUCAUUAAUCAAUGUACAAUAAAACAAGUAAAAAAUAUUUAAAAUUA